AUGGCUUUCCAAUCAUCCCCUAAGCUACUCUUCCCCGUGGGCCUCGUCUUACUCUCCUUCUCGAUCACGGCCUGGGCCCGCGACUUCUCGAUCGUGGGCUACAACCCAGACGACCUCGCGUCCAUCGACAAGCUUAUAAACCUGUUCGAGUCGUGGAUUGACAAGCACGAAAAGAAGUACAAGAGCAUUGAGGAGAAGUUGCAUAGGUUUGAGAUUUUCAAGAACAACUUGAAGCGCAUACACGAGCGGAAUAAGAUCGUUACCAACUAUUGGCUCGGGUUGAAUGAAUUUGCCGACUUGAGCCAUGAGGAGUUCAAGAAGACGUAUUUAGGGCUCAAGGUCGAUAGGCUCCCUAAUAGAGACGAUUCCACUAGGGAAUUUAAGUAUAGGGACUUUGAGAACGUGCCAAAAUCGGUCGACUGGAGAGAAAAAGGGGCCGUUACUCGUGUCAAGAAUCAGGGCACGUGCGGGAGCUGUUGGGCAUUUUCGACUGUGGCGGCAGUUGAGGGCAUCAACCAGAUUGUGACGGGGAAUCUAACCGAAUUGUCCGAGCAAGAGCUUAUCGACUGCGACACGACUUACAACAACGGGUGCAAUGGAGGCCUAAUGGAUUACGCGUUUGCUUACAUUGUCGAGAAAGGUGGUCUCCACAUGGAGGAGGACUACCCGUAUGCUAUGGAAGAAGGAACUUGUGGAGUAGACAGGGGUGAGCCGGACGUGGUCACCAUCGACGGCUACAAUGACGUGCCAGCAAACGACGAGCAGAGCUUGCUGAAAGCAUUGGCUAACCAGCCUUUAAGUGUGGCCAUUGAUGCUUCUGGUGAAGAUUUUCAGUUCUACAAAGGGGGUGUGUUUGAUGGGAGCUGCGGAACUGAACUCGAUCAUGGAGUUGCAGCCGUUGGAUACGGAACGAUCGAGGGUUCGGAUUACAUCGUCGUGAAGAACUCGUGGGGCCCGACAUGGGGAGAGAAAGGGUACAUAAGGAUGAAGAGAGAUACAGGGAAGAGUGAAGGGAAGUGUGGCAUCAACAAGAUGGCCUCUUAUCCCACAAAAAACAAGUGA